AAAGUUUUUAUCUUAACGUUCUGACUUGCUGUUUCUUCGGAAAGUCUGAAACCACAAAGUUUGUAAUCUCCACAGUUUAUGUUCAGGCAACAGUGUUGAGAAAUGCCAGCUCAAACAUCAUCUAACUUUGUGAGUUUUUAAGCACUGAGACCAGAAGUAUGUCUGUACAAUAAAGACAUGGAAAAAAACCUCUUGUAUCUUGAUGUAAAGAAAAUAGAGGUUUUUGUUUUAGAAUGUAUACAAAAUUUGCAAGAAAAUUUAAAUUUCGAAAUAGUCAGUUUACUGUUGGAGUCACAGCGGUUGUGGGUGGAUCGUCUCAGUUAUAAAUGACCGUUAAUCAGUAAUCUGUCAGAGUCUGGAAGUGAGCUGAGAUGAAGAUGUGGUUCCUCCUCCUGCUCAUCUACUCCUCCACUAACACAGAGCCUGUACAAACUCAGUCUAAAGGUAAAGUUGUUCUGCGUGGUGGAGAAAACCCCUGUGAGGGUCAUGUAGAAAUCUACUACAACAACAUAACGGGGUAUGUUGGAGAUAAACACUGGAACAGCAGCACCGAGGAGGUGGUCUGCAGAACCACUCAGUGUGGGGUACCGGUGCCUGGUGCCACCAAAAAUGUCCCGAGGCUGGAGAGCAGAACGGUGUGGCUGAACGAACUGCAGUGCAGCGGAGACGAGAACGAUCUGUGGGACUGUGGAGGCUAUCCGGCUCCAGGCGUCAGCUUCUACCAAAAGCCCACGGUGAAGAUGAUCAAAUGUACAGAUCAAAUUGAGAUAAGUCUAGAACCACAACAAUGUCAUGGAGUAGCAAAGUACUCUGUGACUGGGAAUACUUCCUCUUCGGGAUACUUCUGCAAGGACAACUGGGGAUCACAAGACGUCAAGACUGCAGAACUGCUGUGCAAAAAUCUUGGAUGUGGAGGUUUUAAAGAGAUUCCAAGACCGCAGUGGGUUAUCGGGAACGAUUAUGAAGGAUCGGAGAAGAUGGCGGUGGAUUGUUCAGGCAUUGAUUCGGUGACCAGCCUGUGGCAGUGUAUCAGGAGAACCCAACAGUGCAAAGACCCUGUUGUUGUCACAUGUGAAGGACACGAGAGGCUGCAGCUUCAAGGAAGUCCUUUAAACGUCUGUUCAGGGGAGCUGCAGGAGAGGAAAACUGAGUGGAAACCAGUGAAAAAGAACAUCACAAAUGCUGAUAAUUUAUGCAAAAAGCUGAACUGUGGCGGCGUCACAAACUACACUGUUGAUCAAAACCUACACCUGACAUGCACAGAUACGGUUAAAGUAGUUUUGAUGAAUAACAGAGAAAGCAAAUGUUUUGGUCAGGUUUAUGUAAAUGUGAACGGUUCAAACAAAGCCGUGUGCGGCAAUGGCUGGACUGAUAAGAAUUCACAAAUGAUCUGCAAGGAACUGAACUGUGGAAAGUCAAUUCAACUGUCAAUCAAAGAUGCUGCCACAUCAGGGGUCAUGGAUUACGUGGAAUGUUUGGGUGACGAGUCUUCCUUAUGGCACUGCAAGGCCCGGCGAGGUCAGCAGCUGACCUGUCAGAAUACGCCCCACAUCAUCUGUUCAGGAAGUGUUAAGUUUAGACUGGCGGACGGUCCAGGAAAAUGUGCUGGUAGGCUGGAGGUCCAGCAUGGAGACGAGUGGAAAAGGGUCGCUAAAAGCGGAUGGGAUGAAGAAAAUUCAGACAACAUCUGUCAACGCCUCAACUGUGGGGAGACAACUGCAGAUAAUCAUCCUGAAAAGUUCUUCCAGGGUUCUGGAAACUUUGUGUCCGUAAAGUGUGACCAAAACCAGCCUGACAUUUCUGAAUGUGUGAAAUCUGAGCAAAACACAAGAAAUGAAGAAGCUGUAGGAAUAACCUGCAAGAAUCAUGAAGUGGUUUUUCUAGAUGGAUCUGAACCCUGUUCUGGAGGGGUGGGAAUCAGACAAAACAACAACACCUUCUGGCUCUCCGGGUCCAAUGAGACCUGGAACUCUGAGGCUGCACAGACGGUGUGUAAGCAAAUGCACUGUGGCGGCCUCAUCAAGUUCUACUCCAGACCUUCUGCUGAGGACAUGACUGAUAUGACCUUCAGAGCUUACCGCUGCUCUAGAAACCAAGCGUCUCUCCUUGACUGUGACAAAGUGGAACUUCCUGACCACAAUGAGGCCAUUGCUCAGGUGGAAUGCUCAGGAACAAUCAACAUGAGCCUGAGUAAUGGCUGCUGGGGGAAAGUCCGCAUUCUAGCAGAAGGAAAGUCUGAAGGUGUUUGUGCAGACUCCUGGACUGAGGAAAUGUCUAGAGCUCUGUGUCAAGACCAGGGCUGUGGGGAUACUAUCCUAAAAGUUCGCAAACCUCCUUCAAGUGAACAAGUUUUGUUCAAAAGUCUCCACACGCUCGGUAACAAUUUUACCCUGAGGGAAAGCACCUUUGUUAAAACGGGGACCAGAGAAUGGUGUGUUCCAGCCUACGUCGUCUGUGCAGGCAGUACAAAAUACAGAUUCCGUCCUUCCCGGGAUCAUUGUUCAGGAAUUGUUCAGGCAUUCUAUGAAGGUGACUGGCUCCCCCUGAGCAAGGAUGUUGCCAUAGACAAAUCUAAGGUCUGUAAGGCGUUGGAAUGCGUAGCAGUUAAACGUAGUGGAACAUACUUUGGACCCCAACAUGACGGUGAAGCCAUAACAAGUGUGAAGUGUUCUUCCAGUAAUUCAGAAGAUUCCUUGGGAAAUUGUGAGAUAUCAGCUGGAAGAGAGAAGAAUCUUCUAGACCUGCAAUGUACAGACUGGAGGGAGAUGGUUCUGGAAGAUCAUGGCUGUAAAGGAGAAGUGGCUGUUUACUCUGAAGCAGGAAGGAUGUUUGUUUCCAGUGAAGGAUGGACGGACAAGGAGGGGCAACGACUCUGUGAGGAUCUGCAGUGUGGCUCAUUUAAGAGUAAAAGAGAAGUCUUAGGUUCUGAUUCUUUCUGGAACAAAACCUUUAAAUGUCCAAUUGAUGGAAAAACUGAAAGUAUCUGGAACUGUGAAACACAAACUCCUCCCUCACUCCAGAAGAAGAAGCUCUUCAUUGAAUGUCAAGAUCGCUCUAAGGUCAACCUGUCAGAUGGAUGUUCUGGACAACUAACAAUAGACUCUUCUCCAGUGUGCAACAAAAACUGGGACAUCAACUAUUCAAACAGGGUCUGUCAAGAACUGAACUGUGGUAAUGCAUUUGAUUCUGAUUCAAAAUCUACAAAGGAUGGACUUCAUGUCAGCUGUGACCAACAUCACCACAUCCUGGGUCAGUGCCGCAGGACACAGGGAACGUGUUCAAGCUCCGUGUCCAUUUUCUGUUACAAAAAUAUAACGUUUCAUACAAGAGAAAAGUGUGGAGGCUCGCUUCAGGUAAAUUCUGGAAAACAAUGGGAAAAUGGAGUCAGUUAUGAAGUGGAGGACGUGCCUGAGAAUUACGAUGACGUUGAAGACAUCUCUGCUAAUGUGCAGACCACAGCUGACGUCCACAAUCAGCUUCAGGCCACAUCUAAGAGCACCACAGUGCCACCUGAAGGCCAACAGAGAGAUGAAGAUUACCUUGAGCCGAAUCAGGAUGGGUCUAAAGGAAAGCUGGCGCCUAGGUCGGGGUCUGAGCCAUUUGUGAUCGUGAAACAACUGGGGGAGGAUCACCCCACCUACCUCGUUCACCCUGAAGAGCAGGUAGCUGUACCAGCAGCAGCUCCAGAGCAGGACUACCCUCCAGAAAGGGAAGAUGCCUCAGAGCCUGAAUUGAGGCGCUCCCAUCGCUCCAAUCUGGCUGUGCUCAGUCACACCUGGCGAACACUUAAGUCAGAGCAGGGGACUCAACGGGAGGCCCACGGAAGCGCAGAGUGGAAGGACGCAGAGAGCUCGCACUCCCAGACUGGACGCAGGAACCAGGGACCAAAUCCGCCCUGCGACAGAGAGGGCACGGCUGGAGAGGCGCGGGAGCCACCUGUAGUUCGUGUCCGAAGAGGAAGCACGGGACAAGUGGCGCGACGCCGAGCCGCGGAGCUGUGA